AUGUCGAGUAAUGAAAUCACAGACAAAUGCCUGCAAUACAGUAAGGAUUUGGACUGCAGGUUCUAUGAUUGUUUACACGGAAGAUUUCCCUGUGGUGGACCCAAGAAAAAGAAUAGACCUCGUGCUCAUUGUGUGAGAUCCAAGGAAAAAGCACAUAAAUUAACUGACGUGGGUAAAAUCUGGAUUAAUAGUAUCAUAAAAUGUUUCAUGAAAGAGGUGACACUUAUCUACAAACGUCCGUCACUCGAUUGUAAUGAUGUCGACACAUUGAUCCUGGGCACACAACACAAAUGUUACACAGCCAAUGAUUUCUGUAAUGUUGGCUGGGAACACCGCAGGGAACUGUGGAAAAUAUUCAGUGUACCCAUGAGUACGUCUAAAUCACAUUACUAUAAAAUUUGGUCACACAGUAUAAUUAUUUGGAUAUUCGGUCAUUGUAAGCAGAUCACUGCUUAUAAAUGCAAAACAACUCCACACACUCGCCUACAGUUUCAUUUUCCAUACAAAAUCACUGACAAAUGCCUUCAAUACAGUAAGGAUUAUGACUGCAGGUUCUAUGAUUGUUUAAACCAAAGGUUUCCCUGUGGUGAAAGCUCGCGAAAGGGUAAAGCGCGUGCUCAUUGUGUGAAAUCCAAGGAAAGAGCACAUAAAUUGACUGAUGUGGGUAAGAUCUGGAUUAAUAAUAUCAUAAAAUGUUUCGUGAAAGAGAUGACAGAAGUUUACAAACGUCCGUCAUUGGAUUGUACAAAAGGCAACGCAAUGGUCAUGGGCAUACAACAAAGGUGUUACACAUCCAAUGAUUUUUGUAAUGUUGGUUGGGAGCACCGCAAGGAGCUGUGGAAUAUAUUCAAUGAACCCAUAACCUCGUCCAAAUCACAUUUCUAUAAAAUGAUGUGGAAAAAUCUUGGCAACAUCUCUUCAAAAUGCAAUACGGCAACUGCUGAACAGUUACUAGCAUGGAUCAAUACCCACGUCACUGAUAAAAGAAAGAAUUUACAUUAAUGUACCUAGUUACUGGGAGAAUUCAAGAUUUACUAGCGUGUCGCACUUUCGACUUGGUUACUGAAUAUAGCUAUCAAUAAAAUAAUAAUAAUAAUAAUAAUAAUAAUAAUAAUAAUAAUAAUAAUAAUAAUAAUAAUAAUAAUAAUAAUAAUACUACUACUAAUAAUAAUAAUAAUAAUAAUAAUAAAUGGGGACUGUUUCAUUAGUGUAGUAUGUACUUCUAAUCGUGUACAUGUAUACACAAACACUAAUAGCUUCUACAUAGUUAUAUCCCCUAUAUUAUUCAUACAUACAUACAUACAUACAUACAUACAUAAAUACAUACAUAC